AUGGCUCCAUCAAAACGAAUCGCCCUCGAUGAUAUUACACCAAACAACCUCGGCACCUUCAAGAAACUCCACCAAGUAAUCUUCCCAGUUCCGUACUCUGAGCAAUUCUUCAAGGAGACACUCGUGAUUGGGGAGCUUGCGAAGCUUGCCUACUUCAACGACAUCUCCGUCGGCGCCCUCCGCCUCACCCACGAUAAAUCCACCCCCACAAUCCUCUACAUCUCAACCCUCGGCGUUCUCCCUCCCUACCGCUCCCUCUCUAUCGGAACCACCAUGCUAACCCACACCAUGACUCAAGCCAAAGAGCUCGGAUGCGAGGUUGUCGAGGCACAUGUGAGUACGGAGAAUGAAGUGGGUGUGAAAUGGUGGGAGAAGAGGGGGUUCGAGGUUGUAGAAGUGGUGAAGGGAUAUUAUGAGAAGAAGAAGGAGGGGGGAAGGGAUGCGUGGUUGAUUAGGAGGAGGGUUGAGUGA